AUGGAAGAGGACCACACCGCGUCGUUCAUCUCGGCGCUCGCCAACCUGCAACCCGUGGAAUACGACAACAUCGCCUCGCUCGAUGGCUGGUCCGUUGAUCAGCUCAAGCAAGAAGUCAUCCGGUUGCGCCGAGCGCUCGCAAACGUUGGAGGCGGCGUUCAAGACAUAAUGCCAGUCUUCCAGCCACAGUUCGUUCAACUGCCACCCCCGAACCAGAUCGCCCAACAAGCUCACAUGCAACACCACAACCACUCUCACAACCAUGGCCAUGGUCCACCGCACCAUCAUUCACCGCAAACCUCGCACCACCAUGCGUUACCGCACCAUCAGUCUCACCAGCAGGUUCACAGCCCGCACAUUGCACAGCAGAAUUCAAUCCCACGCGGUGCAUCUGUGACACCUACGCAGCCCACACCUCCGGCGCUUCCUCACGCCCCUCUGCCACCUUACGGGUCUCCCUACUCUCACACCAGCCGGGAGCGCUCUGGUUCCCGCAAGCGGGCGCUGUCGCCCCCAAGGAAGAAGCGUGAUGAAGGGACAGGUAAAAGGGUUGAGAAGGGACGACGGGUCGAGCUUGCUCGCGCUAUUCGCACCAAGAUGCGGUAUGCCAUGAACAUCGGCUUGGACGAUGACUUGCCCCCGCCAACAGCCUUAACCCUCCCCAGUGCUCCUCCCGAGGUAGGCGCCUGGGUGCCGAAUUGGCCUGCAGGCGUCAGUGAUCCCAACAAUGCGCAGUGGCUUGACCGAGUGUGCGCGCUUUUCAUCACAGAAGCUCGCAACUAUCAGGUUUGGAACAAGGUUCCUCCUGAAGACUUGGAUGAGGACAUUGUCAAGGUUAGUGUCGCCGGUAGGGCCUCUCGUCGUGCUAUCCGUUUUCCGUUUGGAUGGAGGACGAGGAAGAGCAUCCUGGCCCUUGCUCGCACCGCGUUCCAGAAUUUCGCAAAACGCUACAUGGCGGAAGUGGACCCUAAACACGCCAAGAAGAAGGAGAAGUAUGUGAAGAACAGGCGCCGAUGGGCACGCAAGGAUCUGGCCGGCACAGUCGGAGCGGACUCCGUCUUGGAUGCCGGUCCGACUCGUGCGAUGACGUUGGACGAGAUCGGCGGGGAUCACUCCGCCUCAGCAAGGCUAUUAGGAAGUGGGCAAACGGCCGCAUCGUAUCAGGCAGCCGGUGAUCAACGUCCUCGCCGGCCUAUCCUCCAAUGGCAUGACGUGAUCGCCGUUAUCGCCUGCCCAGUCUGUCCCUCUGCUGCGAUCCUACCGGCGGUUGUUCGUUCCAAACGUCCGAGCGGUUAUCUGGCAUCGAAGCAAAAGCGCCGUGCCAAGGCUGCUUUAGACCCUUCCUUUGGCAGCGUCUUGCCUCAGUCGGCCCUCCACAUCGAUUAUAUGUCGUCUGAGUAUUCUUCAGCCGGAGAAGAUGAGGGAGAUGAGCAGUCAGCCAGCAGGCGCGGUCACUGGCUCGAGGUGCUCCGAUCGCACAGUCCUGAGCCCCAGAAGCCAGGCAAGGGCGGUUGGGCGGAGGGUGUCGAUCAGAAGGUGCUUGAGGUUCGGACUCCGACUUGGCGCUCACCACGCCUGAAUGAGCUUUACCAACGUCUCGAUAUGAUCUCGGCCGCUCAGGCUGCGAUGCGCGCUCAGCCCGCUAGUCAUCAGCCAACUUCGCCCGGCAGCAAACCGCCUUUGCGAUUAGGUCACGUUGCCCCCAGCCACAAGCGCUUCACGAUGCCAAGCUCGCUCAUGAGACGGGGUCACCUUCCCCGUGACCUCGGAGAAGGUUGGAUGUGGGCUUCAGGCGUAGCAGGAGUUUGGCCCGAGCGCAGUCGAUCGAAUGAGUUCAACCAGCCAAGUCACAACAGCAAUACGAACAACAACACUACGACGACCGCAUCGGCCAAUGGCAUUAGAAACAUGGUGAACGUCCCCGAGUUGGAGGAGGGACUGGACGCAAGCGUGGAUGCGCUCGUCCAGGGGUGGACCGAGCAGUAG